AUGCCGACCAAUGGUCUGCACCAGGUGCUGAAGAUACAGUUUGGCCUCGUCAACGACAGCGACCGCUACCUAACCGCUGAGAGCUUCGGCUUCAAGGUCAACGCCUCGGCGCCCAGCCUCAAGAGGAAGCAGAUUUGGCUGCUGGAGCCGGACCCAGGCCAGGGUGCAGCGCUGCUGUUCCGCAGCAGCCACCUGGGCCGCUACCUGUCGGCCGGCGACGACGGGCGUGUGGCCUGCGAGGCGGAGCGGCCGGGCCGCGACUGCCGCUUCCUGGUCCUGCCGCAGCCCGACGGGCGCUGGGUGCUGCAGUCGGAGCCUCACCGCCGCUUCUUCGGUGGCACGGAGGACCGGCUGUCCUGCUUCGCCACGGCCAUCUCCCCGGCCGAGCUGUGGACAGUGCACCUGGCCAUCCACCCACAGGCGCACCUGCUGAGCGUGAGCCGGCGGCGCUACGUGCACCUGUGCCCGCAGGAGGAUGAGAUGGCAGCGGACGGUGACAUGCCGUGGGGCGUGGACGCGCUGCUCACCCUCAUCUUCCAGAGCCGGCGGUACUGCCUCAAGUCCUGUGACAGCCGCUACCUGCGCAGCGACGGCCGCCUCGUCUGGGAGCCUGAGGCCCGCGCCUGCUACACGCUCGAGUUCAAGGCAGGCAAGCUGGCCUUCAAGGACUGCGAAGGCCACUACCUGGCACCCGUGGGGCCUGCCGGCACGCUCAAGGCCGGCCGCAACACGCGGCCCGGCAAGGACGAGCUCUUCGACCUGGAAGAGAGUCACCCACAGGUGGUGCUGGUGGCUGCCAACCAGCGCUACGUCUCUGUGCGGCAGGGGGUCAACGUCUCAGCCAAUCAGGACGAAGAACUGGAUCAUGAGACCUUCCUGAUGCAAAUUGACCAGGAGACAAAGAAGUGCACCUUCUAUUGCAGCACCGGGGGCUACUGGACCCUGGUCACCCAUGGGGGUAUUCAGGCCACAGCCACACAAGUUUCUGCCAACACCCUGUUUGAGAUGGAGUGGCGUGGCCGGCGGGUGGCACUCAAAGCCAGCAAUGGGCGCUAUGUGUGCAUGAAGAAGAACGGGCAGCUGGCAGCUAUCAGCGAUUUUGUGGGUGCGCACUCCCUGCCUGCCUGGGGGGCUGGGGCUGGGAAGGGCGGCCCCAGCAGCGCCCUCUCCCCGCCAGGCAAGGACGAGGAGUUCAUCCUCAAGCUCAUCAACCGGCCCCUCCUGGUGCUGCGCGGCCUGGACGGCUUCGUCUGCCACCACCGCGGUUCCAACCAGCUGGACACCAACCGCUCCGUCUACGACGUCUUCCACCUCAGCUUCAGCGACGGCGCCUACCAGAUCCGAGGCCGCGGCGGCGGCUUCUGGAACACCGGCAGCCACGGCAGCGUGUGCAGCGACGGCGAGCGCGCCGAGGACUUCCUCUUCGAGUUCCGCGAGCGCGGCCGCCUGGCCAUCCGCGCCCGCAGCGGCAAGUACCUGCGCGGCGGCGCCUCGGGGCUGCUGCGCGCGGACGCGGACGCGCCGGCCGGGGUCGCGCUCUGGGAGUACUGA